AUGACGUUCCGGCGAACGAUGACGGUGCUGACCGCAGUGGAGGUUGCUUCCGCGAACAAACGGAACGCGACGAACGUUAACGAGGACGUGGCCAUUCUGCCGGGAUACAACGUUACCACCACGGCGAGCGGCGCAUCGAGCAAGACCAACCACUACGAGACCGAUUUGCACGGGAACGUUAACAUUCUUCUCGGUGGAGCGAUGCUCAGCGGCGUGAUUAUGGUCGUGGUGCUCAUGUGUUAUUGCUGUCACAAGAGCAUCAAGAAGAAUCGAUCCCAGGAGUACCCGCAAUACUGGCGAACGGAACCGGAUGUCCAUAGUCUGGAGAUUUUCACCACGGAAGCGCACGCCACAUGCUGCGAGAGACAAUCAACAACGGAUGUGAUCCAGGAGGAAGGAUCCAUAUACGGUGCCCCAUCCUGUCCAGUGACCCCGAAUUCGGGUCCAGGACCACCGCCGACCUACGACAGCCUCAUCUUCGAUCCGCGUAGUCUACCGGCCAGCAUCGAGAAGAAAUCAGACGUUGGUCACACACCCGGCGUCAUAAUCCCGUCCAUGGUGUCCACGCUUCUUGGGCUGACGGCUACACCCGUGAGAUCCGUGGAAUGCGACGUGUCCACGUUGGAACAAGAAACCACGGGCGUCGACGAGGGUCUACCUUCGUACGAGACGGCUUUGAAGCUGGACGCGAACGGUUACGUGUAACUGGCCCCCUCCCAC